ACAUAUCUUUUAAAUCUUCACAAUUCACGGGCUUGCUCUAUCCCAUGAGUCCGGAGGAGGAUGAGCAGAAAGAGAAAGGUGAAACUGAAGGAGUAGGAGCUGAAUUGCGUGUCAGAGUGGUAGAUGGUUGUAGAUGGCCUCCCGUGCUUAAGCCGCCUCCACCAAUGAGGCUGCCAGUGAUCGAUGGAACAUGCUCGACGUGGGACCUCCUUAGAGAUUUUGCACCUCAGGAUAAUCGAUCGGUUCCUAUAAGUUCUGAUGAUGAGGAAGAUGAAGGAGGAUGUGAAACAGAGGAAGCGGUUGUCGAAGAAAUUUGCUUGAAGGCAGUGGAAGAGGAGACUGCAGUGUCAUCUGAAACCUGUUCCUUUUAUACUGCAAAUGAUGAUGAUUUUUCCGGAACCAGAACCGAGCCUAUGUCUCCCAAUGGCAGGUUCAAAAUGAAUAUUACUUGUUGGGAGAAAGGUCAGCUCCUGGGCAGUGGGUCCUUUGGAUCUGUGUAUGAAGGGAUUACCCAUGAUGGAUUGUUUUUUGCCUUAAAAGAAGUUUCGUUGCUUGAUCAAGGAAGUGAGAGUAUUUUCCAACUUGAGCAGGAGAUUGGUCUAUUAAGUCAGUUUGAACAUGAAAACAUUGUCCAGUAUUAUGGCACUGACAAGGAUGAAUCAAAAUUAUAUAUCUUCCUUGAGCUAGUGACACGAGGCUCCCUAUUAAGUCUCUAUCAAAGGUAUAAUCUUAAAGAUUCUCAAGUCUCUUUCUAUACAAGACAGAUUCUGCACGGACUGAAGUAUCUUCAUGACAGGGAUGUGGUUCACAGGGAUAUUAAAUGUGCAAAUAUAUUGGUGGAUGCAUGUGGAUCUGUGAAACUUGCAGAUUUUGGAUUGGCAAAGGGUGAACCACCAACUGUUCCUGACUCUUUGUCAAAAGAUGCACGAGAUUUUAUCCUGCAAUGCCUACAAGUCAAUCCAAAUAAUCGCCCAACAGCUGCUCAGCUCUUAGACCAUUUAUUUGUGAGGAGUUAACUUUCUAUGUCCUUAGGCUCAGCUUCUCCUUAUCGUGGCAGACGGAAUUGAGAGUUUCUUUCUGUAAAAAAAUUGGCUGGAAAAGUAACAGGUAAAACCUACAAGUCAUUCCUAUAUUUUGUGUUCCAGAAUUUCAUGCUGCCCCUCAAUCCAUCCUUGGAAAUGAAUAGUGAAAGAUGCAGAUAUAAACAAUGCUGUUGUUUGCAAGUGACAUUUAUUUGAGGGAUCUCUCAUUUUCUUGGCAAUUAGAUAGGAGAUACGUAGGAUGCCUGAAAGCACAUCUGAAUAUGGUGAACAAUAUGUAUCCAAUGUGCAUGUGUUGACACAUGGAGUGAAUUGACCCCCUUAAGAUUUAGUAUGGAGCCUUGUUUUACAAGAUCUCAUUUCAUGUUAUUUCUUAUUGGUGCAAAUGCAUUUGUGGUUGUAACGAGCUAUGUGUUUGAUGAAGAAAGGAAGACAAAACUGUCUUGUUGCAUUGUCUAGAUAGACUUUUCUUCUUCAGCUUCAACUUUCAAGAGCCCGCGCAUUGGUAUUUGAUUAAAUGUACCUUAAGGCC